AUGGCUGCUAGAGAGGGAGAAGAAAUUGUGGCCACUCUCUUUGGCGACAUUCACUACUUUUACGGCGGCGAGGAAGUGAAGCCGCGACACCAUCGCUUCGACAAGGGCUCGUAUGUGUACCUAUUUGAGAAUGCCAACGAGCGCCGGUGUCGCGUUGAGAUUGCGAACCACCCUGGCACCGAAGACCAAGACGCCUUUGACGGCUUUUUGGAUCAAACCCAUGUCCGAUAUUCCUAUAAGCAGCACUGUACGGUGUCCUUGACGGUCGCCGAAAGCGUCCCCCAAGACGAAUGGCAUCUCCCCACCUACGAUCCGCGAAACGAGAACAAAUACCACUACAAGCUUCAUUCGCUCGACAUUUACUUUUGGACCGACAAAGAUGCGCUGCAAUUCAUCAGUGGCGUCCGGAGAGUCCUCCCGCCAGCACAGGUCGAGGUCCUCGAUGAGCCCAUUGCUCUCCAGCCGGGCGCCGUGAGCGCCGUUGUCCAGAACCUAGAGAAUGUGGCCAUUUCUGAUCCUCAGUACGCAGAACGCCAGGACUCUGCGACGUCGAUGCAGCAAAAUGGUGCUGCAGCUCCGUCCAGCGCAAGCACUGGGCUGUCCAUGGAUAACUUGCCACCGCCGCCUCCGAUGCCACAGCACAUGCAACAACAGCAGCAACCGAAAGCACCGACUAGCUUUGCUCCCAUGGCGUACAAUCCAGCUGCCCCAGUAGCUCCAGAGACCGUUGCCCAUCGAGAGAAGACGCCGCCGCCUGACGAGGACCCUCUUAAUCCUCUGGCUGUCGCUGUCGCUUACGACUACCAGGGACAGCCGUUCACACCAGCUUAUCCUCACUCCCAGUUCCCUCCGGGCGUCGCGAGCCCUGGAUUCCCGCCCAGCGGCAUGGCCAGCCCGCGCAUGGCGCCGCCAUCCUUUGCAGGACCGCCCCAGCAACCCGGCAUUCAUCGAGCGCAGACGAUGCCGGUGCAAGCUGGCCUCGCAUCACCCGGCCUAAAUAGCACGUUCGGCGCCAGCAUCCCCGGACCACCAAGCUUUGCGGCCCCUCCUGGAGCUGCACAGUCACAGCCGGGACCAUCUAGCUUUGCUCCUCCUCCCACAGCUGCACCACAACCACAGCCUCCGGCGCAGACUCAAUCAACGCCGCCGCCGGCCAAUGCCACAGCUUCUCCGCCACCGCUGGGUGGCUACUCUAACUACAGCUAUGCCAACCCCACAACAGCGCAGAACGGGGGACUGGACUACUCGCUUCACCAGCAGGUGUACCGGCCGACUGAGGUAGAGAUGAACGCCAAGAUGCAGCCCUAUCAGCCCAAGAAAGAGACAAAAAGCAAAAUGGGAGAGAGAGCUGGAAAACUGGAGAACGGGGUAACAGGGAUGCUGAAGAGAUUCGAGAAGAAAUUUGGAUAA